AUGUCUGCAUGCAUUUAUUUAUUAUUCAACGGAUCUUAUCAAUUAACCUUUAAUAAUUCUUUAUAAUUUUUUUUCUUUAGUGCACUUAAACAAAUAAUAAACUAAUUCUCUAUUCAACUACUGUAUUAACAGCUCAUUUUACUGUAUUAACACUUUAUAUUUAUUGAGAUCAAAAGUGUUUUUUUAUAAUGUCUGAAUUAGAAGUUUCUAAAGAAACCGGCGACGGCGAUAACAAACUUGAUUCUUGCCCUAGGAAACGAGUACGACACCGCAAGAAACAAUUAUAUGAGAACAUAUUAAAACAAAUGGAAUUUUACUUUAGUGACGCAAACUUAACGAAGGAUAGAUUUUUAGGAGAACUUAUAAAAACUGACGCUUAUGUGCCUGUUGAAGUUUUUCUCAAAUUUAACAAAAUUCGUUCGAUGACACAAGACGUUAACGAUAUAGUGAAGGCAAUGAAGAACUCCACUUUACUUGAAUUGUCUGAUGAUAAAACAAAGAUUAUGAGACAAACUCCAGUUCUUCCUUAUGAUGCAGACCAGAGAACAGUUUAUGUGGAGUCUAUACCAGUCACUGCAAGCAGAGAGUGGCUACAGAGAGUUUUUUCUGAUUAUGGUCAUGUAGCCUAUAUCUCUUUGCCGAAGUUUAAAAAUUCACAAAGAAUAAAAGGUUAUGGCUUUAUAGAAUUUCAUAAACCAGAAGAUGCACAAAAGUGUAUCAGUACAUUUACCAAGAUGGGCUGUAAGCUGCCCACAUGCAUGCCUCCCGAGGAACUGUCAUCUAUAAAGAUGUUUUCUGUUGAAGAACCAUUAGAUGCUGUAUCUUCUGAUAAUAAAGAAGAAAAGGAAGAGAAUGAGCCACCAAAGAAGAAAAGCAAGAAGAAUAAAGAUAGGAAGCUCCAUAAACACUUUGAAUUGAAGUUAGAACAUGAAUCUGAUAGUGAGAAGACAUUGGUGACACCUAGUGAAGAAAAUAAGAGUAUAUCAAUGUCAACUGAAAGCAAGUCAUUAGAUGAACAAGCCAAUGAAUCUAAAGAUGAACUAACCAGCCAGGACGAAGGCAAAGAUGAAAAUCAAGAAGUACAGAAAAAGGUGAAAAAACGUACAGCCAAAGAGAGGAGUAAAGCAAAAAAUGGUUCAAAUAAAAAUGAGGCACCAAAAGGCGCGUUAUGGGGACUGCAAGUUCUCUCGAAGUCCGAGUGGAAAGCUCUAAGAAAUAAGUAUUUGAAUCUACAAAGAAAAUAUAUGAAGGAAAUGAAAGCAAAUCUGCAAAAUAAACAACAUACCUACUCGAGCAUUCCAGCGCCAGCUGCACCUUCAGUGUGUGCUGAGCCAGACAACAACACACUGGAAGAGAGGAACAAGAAUAUAACGCCGUUCGAAAGGAUACCAGGUGUUUUUGUUAAGGAAAUUCUUCCUGAACCCUGUUUGGAUGUGAGACUCACUAAAAGAACUAUAAGAAGCAACAUUCACGCUAUGCAUGUGGAUGUAAAAGAAGGACAAACUGAAGUUAUAAUUAGAUUUGAUUCUGCAAAAGCUGCUGACGAGUACUGUGCGAACUCGAGCAACGCGCGUGCGCUGUCGGGCGCGGAGGAGGAGGAGCAGUGGUCGCGGGCGGAGGGCGGGCGCGGCUGGCGGCGGCCGCGGGGCCGCCAGCGCCUGGCCGCGCGCCGCUCGUCCGCGCGCCUGGCCGCGCGCGCCGCGCCGGCGCCCGCGCAGCCCGCCGCCCCGCAGCCCACGCACACGCACAUACGCUUCGACGACGAGUGACCUCCGCCCCGCUACUAGCGCUCGUCCGCGGGGCCGCCAGCGCCUGGCCGCGCGCGCCGCGCCGGCGCCCGCGCAGCCCGCCGCCCCGCAGCCCACGCACACGCACAUACGCUUCGACGACGAGUGAC